AGGGAAAUGUCUGUGCAGCCCGGACAUGGCCGGGGGGGGGGAGCAGGUGACCCCCGAGGAGCGGGGAGAGAAAGGGGGGGGCUGAGAUCCCCUCGGAUUUACCGCUGCCCCCCCGUGGGGACCCCCCUCCUCUCCCGUCCUGCCCCCUUUCUCCCUAGAGAGCAACGAGCAGCACCCAGGGUGACCCCCCCUCCCCCAAACCCCUGAGAAGUUCCCUGUUCCCCUCCCCCCAUUGUGCCCCAUUUUCUCUCCCCUUCGCCAAUGGCCAGUUCAGAUCUCAGGUUUGGGGUGUUUCCCCCAUUUUCACCUGCAGGGAUUUGUCCUUGUGCGGGUGGGAAAUGGUUCCCCCGAGUGAUUUCUGAACUGGGCAGAGGCUGGGGGGCCCUGAGACAGGGACACCUCUGGGCUGGGCUGGGGGGGCCCUCUCUGCUGGCAACAGGGCGUGGGAAGGGCCAGGAAGGGGAGGGAGGAGCAAGUGUCCCCCAUGGAGACGGCCCAGCCCCAGGCUUCCCUGUCCCAGCUACUCCCCCCCCCAGCACCUGCUAGUCACAUUCCCAGACCCCACAGCCAGUGACCUUCGGACCCCAGCCCCCUCCUUCCCCCUGUGAAACCCCCAUCACCCAGGCCUCCCCCCCGGCCCUGUGAAUGUGGGGGAAGGGGAAACCAUCCCAUUCUGCCGUUGACUGAAUAUCGCUGUAUAACACCCCCACAUUUCUCCCCUUUUCCCUUGAACUGUUGAACGGUGACAGAAAAUCUCCCCCGAUGUUGGCGCUUCUCCCUUAUAUUGGCAAAUAUUUAGUUUGUGCCCCGUUUUCUGCUCACGGCUGAAAUACUGAUCUCAAAUGCUUGGAAACCUUCCCGCUUUUCUCCCCAGGUGUCUGACUGAGGUCAGGGCCCUUAUCUGUACUGAGCGUGGCUCAGGCCUGGCCUGAGAUCAGGUCCCCCAGGGUGCCGGGCACUGCACAAACCCUGACUGAGUUUGGGGCACUCGUUGUGCCAGGCUCUGCAUCAACACCAGGUGAAAUCAGGCUCCCGUUCUGCCAGGCCCCGCAGAGACCCCAAGUGAGAUCAGACCCCACUGUUGUGCUAGCUAAAACUGAGACCUGGACCGAGAUCACAGCCCCCCUUGUGCCAAGCAGCGACGGCUGCGGCCCAGAUUGCUGGCUCCAUUGUGCUGGGCGCUUCAGAGACCCUGACUGAGAUGUGUGUCCCCAUCCGGCCUGGCCCUGCACUGACCCCGACCCAGAUCACCCCCCACCACUGUACUGGGCACUGCACGAACCCUAACAGAGAUCCUGCUCCCACAUUUUGCCAGAUGUUGCAGGGACCCCAAACAACAUCCGGGAUCCUGUAAUGCUGGGAGUUGCAGAGGCCCUGACUGAGGUCAGGCCCUUGUUGUGCCAGACUCUGCACAGACACCGACCAAGAUCAGGGUCCCUGUUGUGACAGGUGCUGAACAGACACCAAGAGUAUCUCUGCCCUGCCAUUAAAACCCCCAGCUGGCCCAUGCCAGCUGACUCAGGCUCACAGGGCUCAGGCAAAGGGGCUGUUUAAUUGCAGUGUAGAUGUCUGGGCUCAGGCUGGAGCCAGGCUGUCAGACCCCGUGAGGUGGGAGGGUGCCAGACCUUGGGCUGCAGCCCCAGCUGGAACAUGGACACCACAAUUAAACAGCCCUGCAGCCUGAGCCGUGUGAGCCCAAGUCAGUGGGCACAGGCCAGCCGCCGGUGUCUGACUGCAGUGUCGACAUGCCCACAGGGACAGAGAGGCCUUGUCACAAAAAGCUGAAAGGCUAAAUAGGCCAAUGAUGGGAGGCAACUCUCAAUUUUACAGAUGGGGAAGCUGAAAAUCAGAGAACUCAACUAAUUUGCUCAAGUUUGCAUGGAGAAUCUGGGGCAAAACUGGGAACUGAACCCAGAUUGUUUCAAUUCUUGUCUCUCCCCUUAACCCCAAGCCCAGCGUGUGUGUGUCCAGCGUUGGUUUGGUCUGUGUUUGCCUUGCGUUGGCUUCCAGGGGAGGCUGUGGAAUUUCCUUCACUGGAGGUUUUUAAGACCAGGUUAGAGAGACACCAGUCUGGGAAUGUCUAGGGAUACUUGGUCCUGCCUCAGCACGAGGCUUCAAUAGAUGCCCUCUCAAGAUCCCUUCCAGGCCUACAUUAAAAUAAUUCUGUUUUGUGCUGUGUUGUGUUCGACGCUGAGCUGUUUUGCAUGGUGCCAUUUGGAACUGUGAUCGCACCAUGUUGUGUAGCAGUUUUAUGGUGCAUUUUUUUGCCUCAGCGUGUUUGGUGCCUGUGCUGUUUGAGUUGAGCUAUUUUCCAUUGUGUGCUUUUGUCCUAGGGUGUGUUAGUUAGAAUUGUGUUGCUUUCUUUUCCUUUGUAUUGUCAUUUUAUGCUGUGGAGUAUAGUCUUUUGGGUUUUUUUUUCUGAAUUGCCUGACGUUAUGUUGUGGUGGGUUUUAUUCUGUAUGUUUUGUUUUCAUACGUAUAUAUUGCAUAGCAUCCUAGAAAUGUAGGGCCUCAAGCUGUCAUCAAGCCCAGCUCUCCCUGCCGAGGCAGGACCCAGUAUAUAUAGAUUAUCUCUGACAGAGGUUUGUCCUACCUGUUCUUAAAAACUUCCAGGGACAGAGACUCCCCAGCCCCCUUGUCAGACGGUUCCAGAACUGAAUGGCUUUAGUUCUGGGGCCACCCACCCAGAUCUGAGUGGGGAGCAGCUCUGGAGAGAGGAAACCGCAGGGAGUGGGCAGCUGGGUAAAGAGACUGAAGUUGGGAGGAGAAACAUUGACGUGUCCAAGGUCUCCCAGGCUGUCCCUGACAGAGCUAGAAAGAGAGCCCAGUUCUAGGGGUGUUUUAGGUACUGAAGGUCUCUGCCACCCUGGUGUUUCAGGCACUGGUGCAAACCCUUCCUAUAGACAGAAUUUACACUAGCGUACUCUGAUUGGCACUGGUGCACCAUGUCCCAGUUUGAAGGCUUGCGGUGGUCGGGGGGACAGUGACCUCACGGUACCAAAGCAGGACGUCAGCAGAGCAGACGCACACACCAUAGCUGUCUGGACCACGCAGCAUUCACUGCCACACUGUCUGGGCGACUUUUCAGGGGCCCAGCUUGAUAUGCCUGGCUGGGGUGGAUUCAGUUCAUGGGGGUCUGGGGCUCUGAUCAUUCGGGAUGUUCCUUUUUGCAUAGUCAGUUCUUUCCCUUUAUUGUUUCCCCCCGCACACCUGUGCCUGAUGUCACUCUCUUCUUAACUUGCUUCAGUUAUUUCAGUUCCAGUUUUUAAAUGGGAUCUAAUAAUUGCAAAGCUGAAUGAAAGACAAAACAAACAGAACCAUUUGAAUUUUGGCAGAGAGCUGGUAGAACUGUACCUACUGAAGGUCUGCUGUAAUUACCUGUAAAAUGCAUCUGACGAAGUGAGUAUUCCCCCGCGAAAGCUCAUGCUCCAAUACAUCUGUUAGUCUAUAAGAUGCCACAGGAGUCUUUGGUGCUUUUUACAGAUCCAGACUAACACGGCUCCCUCUCUGGUACUUGGAAUGACCUGGUUCUCUAUAGCAUUUUCUGAUGGGGCGGAUAAAGCAAUGUCAGAGAGCCACAAGCGCGUUUUAGGGCGAAAGGGCUCGUCAGGUGUUUGCUCUCUGGGGAGCAUGUCACCAGCCAGGCCUUGCAGUCUUUCAGGAGUGGUGCGCUGGGUUGUAUUUAGUCAUCUCAAAGUAAAAGGCUAAGAUGGCUGGUUCACAGUAUCCAAUGAAAUUUUGCAAUCAGUUAUACAAACAGACUCUAAUGUUGAUAAAACAACACGGUGUUACUAUUCAGUCCUUUAAAACUAUGUAAUUAAAAUUAUGAGAUAAACACAUGAGAGAUGAACUGACAGCUAAUUUCCAUUUCUUAAUGCCUGAUAUUUUUACACUUGCUCACGCCAUCUGUAGGUUUUUUUUUUAAUUGAUGCACAGCAACCAAUCAAGUUAGUUAAUGAAUGCCUGUCAAUUACUGAUUGCUUUCUGUUGCAAAAGCAUCUGAUUAAGUACCUAAUUAAAACUGUACCAUUUCAAAUGGAAAUGUAUCAACACAGCUUAGCUCCAGUGUGUUUAAAUGGGAACGAAAAGUUUCUAAAUACAUGGCAGGAUGGUAAAUGGGGAAAAUAAUCUGAAGUUCCUCUAAGCAGUGCUGAGGACUUCUGCUCCCAGCCCUUCAUGGGCUCUGGCCUCUUGGCUCCCAGUCCCCAUUAGCUGUGUCCCUCUCCCACGGCCUCAGCCCUGCUUUUACUGCAGAUCUUCACUCCCCUCAACUAGGUGAGGGGGUUGGCACUGCAGCCCCUAAAGCAUCUGCUGACUCUGGUCUUGCUGAUACUGUCUCACAUAUUGGGGUAUUUAGAUUUCAGGGAACGAUUUAUCAGGGUUACUGACUCUGGGAAGUGGGAGAGAGGAGAGGCUGAGAGGGAGUUUGCUCCUCACACUCUGUAGGGCCCUGUUCAACCCUGGUAGCCUCCAUGUUACCUCAUCCUCCACUCUCCUCCGUGUGUCUCUGCUCAUGUGUCAGUGUGUCACCUUCUGAUCAUAAUGCCAGUGGCCUCAGCAGAGCUCCCAGACAGGAGCUACAUCACAAUGGGGUUAUGGUACUGAGAGUAAAAUACGUCGCAAGGAGAGUGUAAUUAUCCUCAAAGCAAGCAUUACAAUCCAUUAAGUGAAAUAAUUAAAGUACUUCAUUACUUAAAAGUACACUUAAAAGGAUUGGAUUUUUGUUAAUAAAUUGUAGUAAAUGUUGAUUUCACUGCACAUGCAUGAGAACGGCCAGGCUGGGUCAGGCCAAAGAUCCAGUAAGCCCGGUACCCUGUCCUCUGACAGUGGCCAGUGCCAGGUGCCCCAGAGGGCAUGAACAGAACAGGGAAUCAUCAAGUGAUCCAUCCUCUGUUGUCCAUUCCCAGCUUCUGGCAAACAGAGGCCAGAGACAUCAUCCCUGCCCGUCCUGGCUAAUAGCCACUAAUGGACCUAUCUUCCAAGAAUCUAUCUAGCUUCCUUUUGAAUCCCGUUAUAGUAAUGCAAACACACACACACGCACGCUGCUGGAGUAAGUCGAGUUUGAUUUAUGAAUAUUUACACUGUAGAUUUUGUGUGUGACAUUGACAAUUUGUGUUUGAACCAUUCUAAAGAUCUAGCUUUUUAAAAUCUCAACAUUUAAUUACAUAAUUAUUGUCUGACCACCCUCAUAUCUGCCCACAGCUCUGAACACAGAAAUUGGAGAAAGGGCUUAAAAAUAGACAUUGAUAUCAUCUGUUGAAUUUAUUAAUAAAAAAUAGACAUAAUACAUUCAGCCAAGCCUACCAAACAACAAUCACAAUAUGCCAGGGGAUGGAAAUUCACAGUUAAGGCACCAACCUUAAUUCUCCGCUGUAGUGACAACAGGCAAUCGCCAUAGGGCUACUAAUAAAGCAUUUUAGUGUAUAAAGUCCCAGAUGAGACUACACUGAUUUGUAAAGACCCAUGAGAUUUUUCCCUCAGGGGAACCUUCACUGGGUUGUUCCUUUUAUUGGUAAUUCCCAGAAGUCAAUAGAUCAAUAACAUUCUAUCAGUUAUGAUGUGGCCAUUUCAGAUUUCUGGGGAAUGUCUAUAACUUUGCACUAGGGUCCUGGUCCUUGGAGAUAUGGAGCCUUGGUAAUAUCCGGCCAAGCCUAAGAAGGAUUGGGCCUGUUUGAUUUUUGGGACAGGCCAUUUUUGCAUAGCAUUCGCUUUAGCCUGUAGAGGGAUGAUAGUUCCUUGACCAACCUGGUGUCCAAGGUAAGUCAAUCUGUUUAGGCCUAUUUGACACUUUUUAGCCUUAACAGUUAGUCCUGCCUUGUAGAUGCUCCAGGUGUUCUGCUCAUGAAUCAGAAAAGAUGGCCACAUCAUCAAGGUAGGCAACUGCAGAUUCUCCCAAUCCCACUAGGAGACUAUACACAUUUCUGGAAGGUAGCAUGUGCAUUUCGCAGCCCGAAAGGGAGCACGUUAAAUUCAUAGAGCCCUACAUGGGCAAUGAAGGCUGACCUUUCCUUGGUGGAUUCAUCUAGUGGUACCUGCCAGAACCCCUUGGUUAAGUCUAAGGUAGAGAUGAACUGGGCACAUCCCAGUUUCUCCAAUAGCUCAUCUGUGCGUGGCAUUGGAUAGUUGUAUGGUUGAGUCACGGCAUUUAACUUACAGUAGUCCACGCAAAAAUGUAUCUCCCCAUCUGGUUUGGGAACUAGAGCCACGGGAGAUGCCUAUCCAUUUUUAGAGGCGGGGGAUUACCCCCAUCUGUCUCAUGUCCUAGGUCUCCCGUUCUAUAGCAGUUUUGGCUUGAGGAGCUACUUGGUAAGGUUGGGCUCUAAUUGAGCGAGCAUUACUUGUGUCAAAUGUGUGGUAUGCCCAUUUGGUCCAUCCUGGGCUGGCUGAGAACAUUGGUGCAAAGCUAGUGCACAGCUCCUUGAUCUGUUGUUGCUGAAUACAUCUGAGGGUCAUGGAGAGGUUCACCUCUUCCAUGCCAGCGACUUUUCCCUUGAUAGUAGACACCUUCAGGCCACUAAGCGUCAUCUCCUCCCUGGGCUGUAAACUGGAAAACCUUUAAUUCUCUGGAAUAAAAGGGCUUUAGAGAAUUAACAUGGUACACUUUAGGUUUGAGGUGGGGGAUGCUAGGAGAUAGUUAACAGCUCCCAGGUGCUCUUGGACAAUAAAUGGCCCAUCCCACAAUGCUUCCAUCUUAUGGGCCUGGAGUGCCUUCAAGACCAUGACCUGGUCCCCUACUUUGAAGGAACGCUCUCUGGUAUGUUUAUCAUACCAGGCCUUUUGCACUUCCUGAGCAUCUUUUAGGUUUUCUCUAGCAAGGGAUAAAGGGUUUCAGAGGGUGUUUUGUAGGUUGUUUACAAAGUCCAGAAUGUUAGUUCCUGGAGAAGGCAUAAACCCCUCCCAUUCCUGCUUCACCAGCUGGAAUGGCCCCUUAACCUUGCAGCCAUACACAAGUUCAAAUGAUGAAAACCCUAAACUGGGAUGUGGCACAGCCCUGUUAGCAAAGAGCAACUGCUGCAACACUAGGUCCCAAUCAUUGGAGUGCUUAUUUACAAAUUUUAUUAAACUUCUCCACCAGGCCAUUUGUUUGAUGGUGCUAACGGGUGGAAACCAGGUCAUUCACCCCAUGAGCUUUCCAAAGGCUAUUCGUGGUCCCUGCCAGGAAAUUAGUUUCCGAAUCCGUAAGGAUGUCGGAGGGCCAACCUACCCUGGCAAAAAUAUCUGUUAAUGCCUCGCACACUCUUUUACCCCUGUUGUUGCUUAGAGAUACUGCUUCUAGCCAUCGCGUGGCAAAAUCCAUGAAAGUCAUUAUGUACUGCUUUCUUCUGGGUGUCUUUUUCAGAAAAGGAUCCAGAAUAUCCACAGCUACUCGCUGAAAUGAAACCUCAAACAUGGAGUGGCUGGAGAAGGAUUUUGACCUGGUCUUGGGGUUUUCCCAUUCUUUGGCACACCUUGAGGACAAUGACAGGGAGAAUCCCCCAAAGUGACUCCUUUGAUUCUGCUCUUCUCUGACCUUUGCUUUAUAGAAUCAUAAAACUGGAAGGGACCUCGGGAGGUCAUCUAGUCCAGUUCCCUGCACUCAAAGCAGGACAAAGUAUUAUGUCAACCAUCCCUGAGAGGUGUUUGUCCAGCCUGCUCUUAAAAAUCCCCAAUGAUGGAGAUUCCACAACCUCCCUAGGCAAUUUAUUCCAGUGCUUAACCACUCUGACAGGAAGUUUUUUCCUAAUGUCCGAUUUAAGCCCAUUGCUUCUUGUCCUGUCCUCAGAGGUUAAGGAGAACAAUUUUUCUCUCUCCUCCCCCUAACAACCUUUUAUCUACUUGAAAGCUGUGAUCAGGUCCCCUCUCAGUCUUCUCUUCUACAGACUAAACAAACACAAUUUUUUUCAAUCUUCCGGCAUAGGUCAUGUUUUCUAGACCUUUCAUCAUUUGUGUUGCUCUUCUCUGGACUUUCUCCAUUUUCUCCACGUUUCUGAAAUGUGCCCAGAACUGGACACAGUAGUCCAGUUGAGGCCUAAUCAGUGUAACAAGAAGGGUUUGUUCAGGUGUGUUAGCAGCAAGAAGAAAGUCAAGGAAAGUGUGGGCUCCUUACUGAAUGAGGGAAGCAACCUAGUGACAGAGGAUGUGGAAAAAGCUAAUGUACUCAAUGUUUUUUUUGCCUGUCUUCACGAGCAAGGUCAGCUCCCAGACUGCUGCAUUGGGCAGCACAGCAUGGGGAGAAGGUGACCAGCCCUCUGUGGAAAAAGAAGUGGUUCAGGACUAUUUGGAAAAACUGGACGAGCACAAGUCCAUGGGGCCAGAUGCGCUGCAUUCGAGGGUGCUAAAGGAGCUGUUGGAUGUGAUUGCAGAUUAUUGUAAAAUUAUCAUAUAAUUUGGGAACCCCGAUGUGCACAGGUGGAACUCUUACACCGUGGGAACUCUCUCUAUAUAUAUAUUCAUACAAGUAAAUGAUUUGUUAAUAAUUUAGCAAAUUUAAUAAUUUAACAAACUGAAACUCAACAAGGCAAAUGGAGAUAAUACAGAAAGUACAUUUGGACGACCAUACUUACAUCCUUAUCUUUCUUAACCAUUAUCUUAGACUUAACCAUUCUCUUUCUCAUCACCGUCAUUGUCCUCAUCUUCCCCGGUGGCCGUCAUUCUGGCCCCUCCCAAGGUCUACAUCUCUCUACCCUCUGCUGCCUCUGGGAAGUUACUUUUAUAGUAGGUUAAACUGACGCUGCCACGUCCGAUGCAUAUUGAAGAGGUCCUUAUUUGUAUUUCCUCCCCUUGAGGUGUCCGUUUUCUGUUGGUUAGUAUAUGUAUGAUAAAAAAGAACGAGGAGUACUUGCGGCAUCUUAGAGACUAACAAAUGUAUUUGGGCAGGGUUUCUCAUACUUUUGUAGUGGUGACCUGUUUCACACAGCAAGCCUGAGUGUGACCCUCCUUAUACAUUGAAAACACUUCUUUAUAUAUUUAACAGCAUUAUAAAUGCUGGAGGCAAAGCGGGGUUUGGGUUGGAGGCUGACAGCUCGUGACCCCUUCCCCCCCUGGUAAUAACCUUACAACCCCCUGAGGGGUCCCAACCCCCGGUUUGAGAACCCCUGUAUUUGGGCAUAAGCUUCCGUGGGCUAAAACCCACUUCAUCAGAUGCAUGCAGUGGGAAAAUACAGUAGGAAGAUAUACACACACAUACAGAGAACGUGAAAAAUGGGAGUUGCCAUAUCAAUUCUAACGAAACUAGUCAAUUAAGGUAGGUUAUUAGCAGCAGCACUGGUAGGGCCCAGCUGUAUGCAUGGAGGCAAACAAUUGCAGAGUCCUGUAAAGCAUUACAGGAACAUGAACAGAGGAGGGACGCGCAUGAUGAGACCAUGGUCAAGCUCAUGGGGGAGCAAACUGACAUGCUCCGCUGUAUGGUGGAUCUGAUGUGGGAAAGGCAGCAAGACCACAGACUUCUGCUGCAGCCCUGUAUAAUCAAACUCCCUCCUCCCCAUGUUCCAUAGCCUCCUUAGCCUUCGGACGCCCAAGAACACGAGGGAGGAGGCUACGGGGACCCAUAUACUGAACCCAGAGGAUCGCCUAAGCAGCAGAAAGCUGGCAUAUGUGAACUUUUGAUUUGGUUUCUCGACUUGUCCUUGCCUCCUCCUCCACCCCCUAACCCAACCCUCCCGCCCCGUCUGCCUUCUAAUUUCUCUCAGUGUGUUGUGCAACAAAUAAUAAAGAACAGUUUUAAAACAAUUUAGACUUUUUCCUUUCAUAUAUAUAUAGGGGGUGGGUAACUUCAAGAGAAACAAACACAGCUGUCACACUGUACCCUGGCCAGUCAUGAAACUGACUUUCAAAGCUUCUGUGAGGCACAGCGUGCCCUGCUGCAUUCUUCUAAUCGCCCUGUUGUCUAGCUGUGUGAAAUUGGCCGCCAGGAUUUCCAAUUUCCAGACCUGAUGUGAUCUCGCUGCUGGAACGAGGGGAAGAGCUGUGGGUCCCAGACCUCCAGGGCUUUGAGAAAGAAGUUCUCCUCAGAGUUGCCUGCACAGGUGAUGGGAUGGUGAGUGAGAAGGAGGGUCAGAAUCUUCAGCAGAAGGAUGAUGUGAAACUGGAACCACACCGGAUAUUAUUGCUAAGACCCAAAGGGAAUGUGUGCAGAAGUCUUGAGCAAGGAAAAUCGUAUGAGAGUCAGCACAGCCCAGGGAGCCAGCCAGGGGAGAAAGAGGGUAAAUCCAUUAAUUGUCAGGCAACUCACAAAGACCUCAGGGGAACCACAGAACAGCACACAAACCUCACAGAAGAGGGAAAAAACUCAUGCACUGAGUGUGGGAAAAGCUUCCAGGGACGCUCAGGCCUUAGUAAUCAUAAGAGAAUCCACACGGGAGAGAGACCCUACAAAUGCAGCGAGUGCGGGAAAACCUUCACUCAGAGUUCUCACCUCAUUAGACAUGUGAGAAUCCACACUCAGGAGAGACCCUACAAAUGCUGUGAGUGCGGGAAAAGCUUCACUCGGCACUCAGACCUUAUUACACAUCAGAGAAUCCACACUGGGGAGCGGCCCUACGUAUGCUGUGAGUGCGGGAAAAGUUUUGCUCAGCGCUCAGCCCUGACUAAACAUCAGAGGCUCCACACAGGGGAGCGACCCUACGAAUGCAGCGAGUGUGGGAAAAACUAUACUCGAAGCUCAGACCUCAUUACACAUCAAAGAAUCCACACGGGGGAGAGACCCUAUGAGUGCAGCGAGUGUGGGAGAACCUUUACUUGGCGCUCAGCCCUCACUACACAUCAGAGCAUCCACACAGGAGAGAGACCCUAUGAAUGCAGUGAGUGUGGGGAAACCUUUGCUCAGCGCUCAGCCCAUAUCAGACAUCAGAAAAUCCAUGCAGGGGAGAGGCCCUAUGAAUGCAGCGAGUGUAGGAAAAGCUUCGCUGAGAGCUCACACCUUAUUACGCAUCAGAGAAUCCAUACAGGAGAGAAGCCCUACGAAUGCUGUGAGUGCGGGAAAAGAUUCAGUCAGAGUUCAUACCUUACUAAACAUCAGCGAAUCCACACAGGCGAGCGACCCUAUGAAUGCGGCGAGUGCGGGAAACGCUUCACUGACCACUCUAGUCUUACUAAACAUCAGCGAAUCCACACUGGGGAGCGUCCCUAUGAAUGCAGCGAGUGCGGGAAAACCUUCACCGAGAGCUCACACCUCAUUACGCAUCAGAGAAUCCACACGGGAGGGCGAGCCUAUGAAUGCGCCGAGUGCGGGAAAGGCUUCACAGAGCACUCAACGCUCACUAAACAUCGGAGAAUCCACACGAGAGAGCAAUGCCAUCAGUGCACUGAGUGUGGGAAAACCUUCCCUCAACGCUCACACCUUAUGAAUCAUGGGAGAAUCCACACAGGGGAGAGACCCUAUGAAUGCAGCGAGUGUGGGAAAACCUUCACGUGGCGUGCAGCCCUUAGACAUCAGAGACUCCACAGCGGGGAGAGACCCUAUGAAUGCAGCGAGUGCAGGAAACGCUUCACCGAGAGCUCACAACUUGUUAGGCAUCAGAAAGUCCACAAAGGAGAUGAUAAACCAUAAAAACUGUAUCUAGGCCUGUAAGUUUCUGCAAAACUCCAUAGUCCUAUGAUUCACGGGAAUGUGUCCCUCUCCUGCCAGGAAUGUCAGUCAGCUCAAGGUGUGGGAGAUAAGGGUGAUCUCAACUAGCUAUAUCAGCAUAAAAAUCUACCCAGGCCUCAUCCCCACUAGGAUUUUCCAUGGAGUUAGGUAGCUCGUGUUAGCUAUCCUGAUGUAAAAACACAACUAAUCUUACAAUAACAACAUUGCUCGUGUCUAAUGUCCAGGGUUCUCUAGCACGUUUAAAAAAAUAUCCUAGAACUGGAAGGGACCCUGAAGGGUCAUUAAGUCCAGCCCACUGCCUUCACUAGCAGGACCAAGUACUGAUUCUGCUCCAGAUCCCUAAGUGGCCCCCCCAAGGAUUGAGCUCAGAACCCUGAGUAAUGCUCAAACCACUGACCUAUCCCUCCCCCAUGACCUGACCCCCUCUCCGUUUCCUAGUCAAAGCCAAUCUGGAGCAUUACGUUUAUACUCCUCCUCCCACUGUUAGAGCCAUGCAGUUCACCCUUUGGAACAGAUUGUCUCAUUCCCAGUUGCUCACACACUGAAGCUGGGUGUGCCGAAGACGUUUUGUAUCAUUUUCCACAUUUAAAUAUAACAAGGAGCCGAAGCAGGGUGGGAGAGGUGUGGUUUCAGCCUCUGUGGCACCUGAAGGUGAUGGGCGAUUUGCAGGGAUUCCAUCGUGUUGCAGCUUUACCUUUAUCUUCUUCACAUUCUGCCCGUCUACUUCCCAAAAUGUCACUUGAAGAGAUGGAGGAGGGAGCGGGGAGGGUUGGCCUGGUGAUGUUGCAUGGGAGUUUCACUAGUUUACUGUCUGGCAUUAAUACUAGAUGGUGGUGGGAGAUCAGCAUGUGACUUCUCUUGAGGGAUGUUACUUGAGCACAUAACCUGAGCCCAGGAGGGAGCUGGAGCCAAGUGACACCUUCUGCCCGGGAAACUGGACAAAGGCUGGAGGAGACGGCUGGAGAGGGUUCUGUUUUGGAGCUGUCUGGGGAAAUGGAGGCAGGUCUGGGCUCCCCACCCCCCCAAGAUGGACCUGACCGAGGGGUCCUGUUUCCUGUACCUACAUGUCCUGCUUGGGACCGUGUUCCUGUCAUCUAAUAAACCUUGUGUCACCAGCUGGCGGAGAGUCACAGUGAGUCGCAGGAAGUGGAGGGUGCAGGGCCCUGACUCCCCCACACUCCAUGACAAUAAGGACUUGUUGGUAAAACAGAAAUUAAACAACACAAUGACCUGCAUCUGCACAAUAACAAAGCUAAAGGAUGAACUGGUAAGAGUCAUUCAGGAAAUCCCAGCAGCAGAGAAGACAAGUUGGUGACCUGCUGUGAGACUUUAUGCACUGAUAAGUGGUUCUUUGAGUCUGUAAAAUAUUUCACCAAAUCAAGCCUCCUGCAGCCCCUCGGUGGGUGACAUCAGGCAGAGAGGAGCUGGGGUGACUAGGCAUUGGGGUGCCUGUGCCUUUAAGACCCCAGCCCUGGGAAGCUCGUGCUGAGAGGUGCUGUCGGUGGGAGGGGAAAUGAAAAAGCCCCUCUGUACCCCCAUAUUUUUGCAAACACGAGUGUCUCAGCCCACCAAGGUAACUGUUACCCCCUCUGCCCCAGCCUCUGUCACCAUCUGGCAGCUCCUUCCCCCGGGGCU